UCUGGGCGCGCGCGGGCGGCGGUGGCCGUUAUGGCGGUUGAGGCGGGGGGAGUGAGGCACGGGAGCGGGAGCGGGAGCGCGCGGGCUCGGGCGGCCGUGGCCGUUCUCCUUCUUCUCCUUCUCCUGUGCUGUGUGGGCGCGAGCACCGCGGCCGAGUCCUCCCGCACCGGGCAGUUCGACGUCCGGCCCGGCGGCCUGGUGCACUCGCACAGCGAGACUCUGGGUGAUCACUCAUGCAUGUUUACAUAUGCAUCUCAAGGUGGAACCAAUGAGAGAUGGCACAUGAGUGUAGGUAUCAGCGAGGACAACAAGCUAUUCUCUUGCUCCAUCUGGCGACCUCAGGGGAAAUCCUACCUGUUUUUUACUCAGUUUAAAGCAGAAAUCACUAAUGCCAAAAUUGAAUUUGCAAACGGGUUUUCUCAAGGAGCAGUUGGCGGCGGCAGUGACGUUCCCCUGAAAGAAAACGAAUAUGUAAUUCAUGAGAAUACUGUGACGCACAAGGAUGGAUUGUUCAAAUCAGAGCUGUCCAAACUUAUUAUAGUUGCCCGCUCAAGACAUGAUGAACUGUGAUUGGAAGACCUUUUUUUUGGUAUCUGUUUGAAACAAAAGGGUUUUUUUAAUUAUAGAUUCAUUAUCUUCAUUCAAUUAUUGGGAAUAUUUUCAUCCCCCUCCUUCGUUUGGGUUUCAUUUUGAUGACAGAGCAGAUUGUGUCUACUGCUAAUUGCUGCUCAAUUAACCAUCUUAAACAAAACCCCUUUGCAAUCACACGUGAGCCUUUACGAAAGACAUAUAUUCUUCUAGUUAGUCUCCUACACAUUUUAAGGUCAAGAUACUGGUUGGAACAAGAUGCUUCAUUUAACAACGAGACUGGAAAGAGGUAACACAGCACACGUGGAAGAUCAGUUGUGGCCCAACUGCAUGUAAAAAGGAACCAUCGUUAUAUCCCAUAAAUCUGAUUACAUGUCAGAAUUAUAAACUGAGCAUUAAAGUGCCUCUUUACAACACUGACUUGUAUGUGUUAACAGAGGUACAUUUGAGUAGUUCAUGUACACUGGGUGCUCUUUUCAACCAAAAAUAUGAAACGUGUCUGCAACUAUCAGAAUGAACUUUGGAAUCCUUUUUUAAAAAAAAAUUGUGUUCAAAUAAUUGUUUAGUAAACUUUGGUGUUAAUUUAUAGAGCUUCUCUCUACAGAGCUAUAGUUGAAGUACAAAUUGAUUUUUACCCUUUUCUGGAUUUCCUCCAUAUCAUUUUAUAAUACGCACUGAUUAAUUUGGGACCAUAUGAUGCUUUUAUACUUUGCCAUCAACUACAAAUAGUGUGAUACAAGCUUCAUGUAUCGUUUACAGUGAAUUUGCUUUUGUUUUACAUCUCUGCCACAUGGGGAAAUAAAUUACUAAUUUCAGCUCA